UACGCCUAUCGCGCGAUCACCAGGUCUGUUCCGUGUUCGAUUCUUUCGUCGCCCGAUUAUCCACCCUAAUCAACGCCGUUUCCUAUAAUGCUUGGCCUCCGCCUCCGCGCAGCGGCAGCCCCCGCCCGCGCCUCCGCCUUCAGCACCUCGGCCUCCCUUUCCAACGUCAAGGUGCCCGUGGCCCUCAUCGCGCAGCUCCGCAAAGCACACCCCGUGCCGAUGGCGCAGGCGCGCGAGGCCCUCGAAAAGGCCAAUCUCGACAUGGACGCCGCGAUCGCCUACCUCUCCUCCGCGGCGGGGGCGAGCGCGCAGAAGAAAGCCGAUAAAGUCUCGGGGCGCGAGGCGAGCGAAGGCGCCAUCGCCGUGAGCCUCCUCGGCGGCCGCCGCGUCGGUAUGGUGCACCUUGCGUGCGAGACCGACUUUGUUGCGCGCAACGACGUCUUCCGCGCCGUCGCGCGCGGCAUCGCUGAGACCGCCGCGUUCCUCGACGUGCCCGGCACCGAGGAGGCCGGCGCGCCCGCGCGCGGCUCGGACCCCGUCCUCGUCUUCCCGACCGACCAGCUGCUCGCGGCGCCGCUUAUCUCGCUCGCCGAGGGCGAGGCGAGCAAGGAGAGCCAGAGCAUCUCGCAGCUCCUCGUCUCCUCCGUCUCUCAGACGGGCGAGAACCUCCAGCUGCGCCGCGCCGUCAGCUUCGCUGCCCCCUUCCCCGCGCAGGCGGGCCGCCGCAUCGUCCCCGGCGCGUACACCCACGGCGGGGAUAGCAGCACCGGCAAAAUUGGCGGUAUCGUCAUUCUCGACGUCACGGCGACUGGCGAGACCCCUGUCAGCAUUCUGCUCGGCAAGAAGCCCGAGCUGGAAGAGGAGCUCAACGCGCUCGCGCGAAACCUCGCGCGCCAGGUCGUCGGGUUCCCCACAAAGGCCCUCAGCCCUGGAGAAGGCGUCGCUGAGGAGGAAGCACUGCUCACCCAGCCGUUCAUGAUGGGCGGGAGCGACAAGCCCGUCGCCGAGGCCAUCAAGGCCUGGGGCGACGAGCGCGGGCUCGAGGUCGAGGUCAUGACGCUCCGUCGCUGGAGUACCUCGGACGAGCUCUAGUUGUAUAUCUUACUCUCACAUUGCAUGCAUACACUCAUCGCUCAGGCUC